AAGAAAACACUGAGAAACAACAUCUACCUCUUCCAGAUCUCUGAUGAACAGGGAUACCCACAGGUAUACACUCCUCUUUUCCCCUCCCUCUCUCAUCUCUGUCCUUAGGCACGGGGCUUGGCCAGCAUCACACGCGCCGCCCGCGGUCUCGCCCCACUCAAGCCAUCGAGCGCUCAGCCGCAGCACGAAGCGCUCUCACCGACGCGCGCCUCCGUCGCGAUCGCGCUCUCUCUCCGCUAGCUGAUGCGGUCGCCUCUAUUCUUGAUCCACAUAUCUAUGUUCUCUAGAUAUAUUCUCCUCUCUCUCUCUCUCUCUCUCUCUCUCUCUUUCUCUCUUCUGUUAACUCCUCUAUCUGUUCCAUCUCUCUCUCUCUCUUUCCUCUCCUCUCCUCCAUCUCGCCACUCUCUAUCAUCCCUUCAGCUUCUCCCCUCUCUCUCUCUCUGUUGUUCUCUCAUUAUAAUUCAUGUUACUUCUAUGAUGAAAUAUUGGAGUGUCUGUCACUUCUAUAAUAAGUCUGAAGCCACAUUUAAAUACUCCAUGUAUAUGAUGAAUUGUGGGCAAACCAUCUCAUUAUAAAUGAUUGAUUGGGUGUUUUCAGAUGCAAUAAUUAGUAUAUUACCUUUGUCCAUGUCUUUGCUAACUUUGCAGUGUGUUCUAUGUAGCCCACUUUGAGACACAAAGCACUGUACCAAACUUGUAGCUCCUUCUCCUAGCGGCUACUGCUUGAGACUGGAUAGGCAUAUUCAAUGAGGCAUUGGCUUUAGCAUUGCUUACACCUACAAUACAAUAUCCGAUUCCAUCAGAUCUGUAGACUCCUCUGUAGAGGUGUUAUUUCCCAAUCAGAUGUGAUACAACUGUUUUUUUCCCUGUGUCUCACCUCACCUCUCCUCCCCUCCCAUCCCCCCUCCUCUCCCCCACUCUCCCACUCUCUCCUCCUUCCUUCCUCCCCUCUCCCCACUCUGUCAUCCCUCCCCCCAAGUUCUCUCUUGACCUGAAUGGCCCUGAGGCCACCCUGUCCCUGCGUGCGCGGGGGGCCGAUCCCCUGGGUGACCCGGUUGGGUGUGUGUUCAGCGGGGAGGGCGUGGAGUCUCUCCUGGACAGUGGCUGGCACAAACUGGCCCUCAGUGUCCAACAGGGAGCAGCCUCUCUACACGUGGACUGCAGCUCCAUCCAGACCAUGCCCCUGGAGCCCCGGGGAGAGCUACCCACCGAGGGACACACCAUGCUAGGCAUCAGAGCCACCGAUGCUGCCCCUGUGGAGGUAUUGAUUGGAGGACCAGGGAGGGAGAGGAGGGGGGGUUGA